AUGUCCAAGGUAACGGCGCCCGGGCCCGGGCCGCCGGUGGCGGCGGGCGGGAAGGAGAAGCGCUCGUUCAGCAAGCGGCUGUUCCGGAGCGGCCGCGCCGGGGGCGGUGGCGGCACCGGGGGCCCCGGGCCGGCCGCGCCCUCGUCGCCGUCGUCGGCGCGCUCGGUGGGCAGCUUCAUGAGCCGCGUCCUCAAGACGCUGUCCACGCUCUCGCACCUCAGCUCCGAGGGCGCCGCCCCGGACCGCGGCGGCCUCCGCAGCUGCUUCCCGCCCGGGCCGGCCUCCGCGCCUACGCCGCCGCCGCCGUGCCCGCCGCCGCCCGCCUCGCCCGCGCCGCCCGCCUGCGCUUCGGAGCCGGUGCCCGGCGUGGCGGGGCUCCGCAACCACGGCAACACGUGCUUCAUGAACGCCACGCUGCAGUGCCUCAGCAACACCGAGCUCUUCGCCGAGUACCUGGCGCUGGGCCAGUACCGGGUGGGCCGGCCGGAGCCGGAGCCCGAGCCGGAGCAGCCGGCGGGUCGCGGCCCGCACGGCCAGGGCGAGGUCACCGAGCAGCUGGCGCACCUGGUGCGGGCGCUCUGGACGCUGGAGUACACCCCGCAGCACAGCCGGGACUUCAAGAGUAUCGUGUCAAAGAAUGCUCUGCAGUAUCGAGGAAAUUCCCAGCAUGAUGCCCAGGAGUUUCUGCUAUGGCUUUUGGAUCGAGUUCAUGAAGACCUCAAUCAUGCUGUAAAGCAGAGUGGCCAGCCUCCUGUGAAGCCACCAUCAGAGGCUGAUAUGAUGCCUGAGGGACCAUCUUUUCCUGUGUGUAGCACUUUUGUACAAGAACUUUUUCAAGCCCAGUACAGAUCUUCUUUGACAUGUCCUCAUUGUCAGAAACAGAGCAACACUUUUGACCCUUUCCUGUGCAUUUCUUUGCCAAUUCCACUACCCCACACAAGGCCUCUCUAUGUCACUGUAGUGUAUCAAGGGAAAUGUUCCCACUGCAUGAGGAUUGGUGUGGCUGUGCCUCUGUCUGGGACUGUUGCCAGACUUCGGGAAGCCGUGUCUAUGGAGACAAAGAUCCCUACUGAUCAGAUUGUGUUAACGGAAAUGUACUAUGAUGGGUUCCAUCGUUCCUUUAGUGACACAGAUGACCUGGAGACGGUUCAUGAAAGUGAUUGCAUUUUUGCCUUUGAGACUCCAGAAAUAUUUAGGCCUGAAGGAAUUCUCAGUCAAAGAGGCAUUCACUUAAACAACAAUUUAAACCACUUGAAAUUUGGCUUGGAUCAUCACAGACUGUCUUCCCCACCAUCAACAGCAGCAAAACAAGGGAAAGUGGACUUGCCCCCCAGAGUGGCAAGUGACAAGAUUGUUCUGCUUGUGUGUAACCGGGCCUGUACUGGGCAGCAGGGGAAAAGAUUUGGACUGCCUUUUGUCCUACACCUAGAGAAGACAGUAGCAUGGGACCUUCUGCAGAAGGAGAUCUUGGAGAAGAUGAAGUAUUUCUUGAGGCCUACUGUCAGCAUCCAGGUGUGUCCAUUCAGUUUGCGUGUGGUCAGUGUCGUGGGAAUAACUUAUUUGCUGCCUCAGGAAGAGCAGCCCUUGUGCCACCCGACAGUAGAAAGGGCAUUGAAGUCCUGUGGACCAGGCGGCACGGCUCAUGUAAAACUGGUAGUAGAGUGGGACAAGGAGACCAAGGACUUCUUGUUUGUAAACACUGAAGAUGAGUAUAUCCCUGAUGCAGAGAGUGUCCGUCUGCAGAAGGAGCAUCAUCAUCAGCCACAAACCUGCACUUUAUCCCAGUGUUUCCAACUCUACACCAAAGAAGAACGGCUUGCUCCAGAUGAUGCAUGGCGGUGCCCACACUGCAAGCAGCUGCAACAGGGGAGCAUCACAUUAAGCCUGUGGACUCUGCCUGAUGUGCUUAUUAUACACCUCAAGAGAUUCCGCCAGGAAGGAGACAGGCGUAUGAAACUUCAGAACAUGGUCAAGUUCCCCUUGACUGGCCUGGAUAUGACACCUCAUGUGGUUAAGAGAAGCCAGAGCAGCUGGAGCUUGCCAUCUCAUUGGUCCCCAUGGAGACGGCCCUAUGGACUCGGGAGGGACCCUGAGGACUACAUCUAUGACCUGUAUGCUGUGUGCAAUCAUCAUGGCACCAUGCAAGGGGGGCACUACACAGCGUUCUGUAAGAACUCCGUGGACGGUCUCUGGUAUUGCUUCGAUGACAGCGAUGUGCAGCAGCUGUCAGAAGAUGAGGUGUGCACGCAGACAGCUUACAUACUUUUCUACCAGAGGCGGACAGCCAUCCCAUCGUGGUCGGCCAAUAGCUCAGUGGCAGGUUCCACAAGUUCUUCUCUGUGUGAGCACUGGGUGAGCCGGCUCCCAGGGAGCAAGCAAGCCAGCGUGACCUCUGCAGCCUCCUCCAGACGCACCUCCUUGGCCUCACUCUCUGAGUCUGUGGAGAUGACAGGAGAAAGGAGUGAAGACGAUGGAGGCUUUUCUACUCGACCAUUUGUGAGAAGUGUGCAGCGACAAAGCCUGUCCUCCAGAUCUUCUGUCACCAGCCCCUUGGCAGUCAAUGAAAAUUGCAUGCGACCUUCUUGGUCCCUGUCUGCCAAGCUACAGAUGCGCUCCAGUUCUCCUUCUCGCUUCUCAGGGGACUCCCCGAUCCAUGGAUCUGCCUCCACCCUUGAAAGGAUUGGGGAAGCAGGUGAUGACAAAGUCUCCAUUUCUUGCUUCGGUAGUCUACGGAACCUUUCUGGUAGCCACCAGGAACCAAGUGACAGUCACAAUAGACGAGAGCACAAGACUGUGGGCCGGGCCCCACUGGCUGUCAUGGAAGGUGUGUUCAAAGAUGAGUCAGACUCUCGAAAAUUGAACUCCAGUGUGGUAGACACACCAAGCAAAAAUCUAGCACAAGGGGAUUGCUUGCCCCCCGUCUCCGAUCCUUUUGAUAAUAACAACCAGAUUGCUUAUGUGGACCAGAGUGACUCUGUUGACAGCUCUCCAGUCAAAGAGGUGAAACCUCCCAGCCACCCAGACUCCCUCACAAAGAAGCCAGAGAGCACAACAAAGAGAUCCCCUAGUUCCAAAGGCACUUCUGAGCCAGAGAAGAGCAUGCGGAAGGGGAGGCCAGCCUUGGCCAGCCAGGAGUCUUCUCUUUCAAGUCCAUCCCCUUCUUCACCUGUUCCUGUGAAGGUUUCCAUGAAACCUGCCCGCUGUCGGAGCAAAGCAGAUUCUUCCAGGGCCAGUGGGAGGCAUUCAUCCCCUGCCUCUACCCAACCCAAAAAAGAAUCGUCCCCCAGGUCCCAGGAAUCCAUGUCUUCUCCUUCACCACAGAAGCAGAAGUCUGCUUCUGCCUUCACUUACUCUUCUUCCUCCAUAUCUGCCAAAAAAGCCCCAGGCCCUGGCACCAGGGGCUCCUACCCUUCUGGGAAGAGCAGGACUUCUGACCGGAGCUUGAGUAGAGAGGGUUCCAGACAGAGCUUAGGUUCUGACAGAGCCAGUGUCUCCUCCACCUCCACCUCCAAACCCAGCUCUCCGCGGGUGAAUCAGGCCAGAGCAGGGGACAGCAGAGUCGAUGGCAAACACGUGCGGAGCUCCUCCAUGGCCAGCCUGCGCUCACCGAGCACCAGUGUGCGCUCUGGGUUGAAGAGGGACAGCAAGUCUGAAGAUAAGGGACUGUCCUUCUUCAAGUCAGCCUUGAGACAGAAGGAAACCCGGCGGUCCACUGAUCUUGGCAAGACAACCUUGCUGUCCAAAAAGGCUGGUGGGAGCUCUGUCAAGUCUGUCAGUAAGAAUACCACAGAUGACAAGGCAGAGAAAGGCCAUCAACCCCCAGGCUCACAGCAGCCAAACACAAAUGCAGUUGGAAAAGAACAGCUUGUCUCCAAGGACCCUGCUUCUGCUAAACAUUCCUUGCUAUCUGCUCGCAGAUCCAAGUCUUCCCAGCUAGAUUCCGGAGUUCCCUUGUCUCCCAGUAGCAGGCUGGCCACCGAGAAAGGCUCCAAAAAGCUAUCUUCCAGCAUGCAAACCUCUGCACGGCCUUCUCAAAAACCUCAGUGAUCUUCUGCAAUUCGGGUGUUUUAUCUGUACAGAUGUUUAUUUAUUUAGAACUCCUCCCUUCCCACCAAAGCUCUGUAUGCUUUUAUUUUGUUUUUGUUUUUGUUUUUGGUCAUGUGCCUGACUGUGUGAGAGAGUAUGAGUGUGUGUGUGUAAUUCAAAUUGUUAAAAGUGUCGCCUUAUUCUGCCAUUGAACCAAAUAACAGCCAUAGGCAAAGCAUUGAUACCAAGCUAACUAGAAUAACUGUAGAAAAUAAUCUGGAUAGUCCCUUUAGCAAUUGUACCUAUUUCUUUCUAGAGAACUCUAACACUUUCACUGGACACUAGGGUUUGGAAACCUGUGAACUAAUUAAGCUAUCAGUGUGUAGACAGAUGAACUGUUUGACUUGGGUUUCAUCUGAGCAGAAUUUAUCUUCAUGUAGAUUGUUGAGUGGCAUCAGGAGCUUAAAAAACAAAAACUGUGACGCUAACAGCAAAAUAAACUGAGGGAAAACUUGCUUUCUGCGCUUGGGCCCAUCUACCAGUUUUUGUAAGGGCAAUAUCUUAAUACUAAUGUUUCUCAGGUAUACAUACUCAGCUAGUAUAGGAUGGAUGUACAUUACUAAUAAAUGGGUUCAAGAGGAAGGUGACAUGCGGGGAGGUGGAGACUGGCCUUUCUCCUACUGCCACAGGUAGAGGGAUCAGAGGUAGACAUAAAAUCUUUUGCUGCCUUCACAUCUGCAGUGAUAUGCAUACCCUAGCCUGUCUUGACUCCUUGGAUAUGUUCUAAGAUCUGGCAAAGUUUGGAUAGUCAGAAAUCCAGUCACUAAUAUUUCUUUUUCAUUCUAAAUUUGCUGGGUAAGGCCAUUGGAAUUUUAAACUAUAGCAGAACAGUUAAUGCCUUUGAAAAGUAACCAGAAAAAAUUUUUAUUCCAAGCUGGAAGCCUGAGUUGAUACCAUUUUCCUUCCCUGAUGUUGCUUUUUUCCGUUAGAAGUUGAGGCUCUCAUACUGCCCCUUGUGUGCAUGUUUACUGCCUUGCCUUGUUGCUUGGGAAAGAAAGAAGUUGCCUGCUGCCGAGAGCCACUGACAUGAGGUGUGUUGACAUGAGAUGCAACAAAGCAUUGCAUGUGCACUUUGGAUCCUGCCUGUCAAUCUUCCCUUUGACUGCUUUUCAGUAACUCUUUUAUGUCUACUCUGUUCUGGAGAGCCCAUCUCAGACCAAGAACUCAAGCAGAGUCUGGCAUAUGUUCCCUCUGGCAUGUAGUUGCAAAUUACAUUAUUGUAUGUGAAAAGGGGAACCUCACUGAAUUCUCACAGGUAAAACAGUUUUCCAAGCUUUGAGGAAAUCACUUGGAAAUACUUUCCAGCCCAGUUUUUUAGUAUCCUUUUUUUUUUUUUUUAAUUUUUUUUUUUUUU